AUGUAUCGCUUGAACAUGGGAGGCCACUCUGUAGUCCCUUCACAAAACAGCACUCUUUUCAGAGUUUGGGAAGAAGACGAUAAGUAUCUUCAGCCUAACCCUUUAGCCUCAAAUAUGUCGGUGAACCCAUUCUCCAUAAAGUCUUCAUCCAACGACUUCGGGUCUUCCGAGGUAGCACCUGCAGAUGUUUAUGCCACCGCAAAAGCCUUGACAAAUAUUUCGAGCAAGUCCAAUUUGACAUGGGUCUUUCCAGUCAAUCCAAAGUUCAAAUACAUUCUGAGGAUGCAUUUCUGCGAUAUAAUUAGCAAGUCCAGGAACAGCUUGUUUUUCAAUGUGUACGUAAACUCUGAGGUUCUGAUGAAAAAUCUGAGUCUAUCAGCCUUCACCUAUGAUGUUGGUGUUCCAUACGUCAUCGACUAUGUCAACAAUAAUAUUUCUGAAGAAGCUUCAGACAAAUUGAGCGUGACUGUGGAAACUGGUGGCCCUGAGCAGGGCCUUAAUGCUAUCUCGAACGGGCUAGAGAUUCUGAAAAUGAGCAACGAGGUAAGAAGCUUGGAUGGGCUUUCCUCAGUUGACAAUAUAUUUGCAAAAUCAGAUCAGAAAAUUCCAAAAUUAGCAUUAAUCAUUUCGAGCUGUGGCAUGGCUGCUCUGUGUUUGUCCGCAUGUGUUAUCUAUUACUUUUAUGGUCGCAUAAGAGCUGGCAAGUCCAACAGAACUUGGUCAAACAGCGAAGGAAGACUCAGAAUAUUCACAUUCGAGGAGAUUCAAGAAGCAACCAAAAAUUUCGAUGAGAACUAUCAUGUCGGCAAUGGUGGAUUUGGGAAGGUGUUCAUGGGACAGCUCAAAGACGGUACGAUGAUUGCGAUCAAGAAAGCAAAUCCUCAGUCCAAUCAAGGCAUUGCCGAGUUCCAGAAUGAGAUCAAAUUCUUAUCGAAACUUCGUCACCAAAAUCUAGUCUCUCUUCUCGGAUACUGCUGCGAGUAUAACCAAAUGGUCCUGGUUUAUGCCUACAUGGCAAACGGAUCUCUCGACGGCCAUCUCUACGGGAAAAAAGCCGUCGUCCCUCUCUCGUGGAAGCAAAGGCUUGAAAUCUGCAUAGGAGCAGCCGCUGGGCUUCAUUAUCUUCACACAGGUUUAGGUGGUUGUGAAAGCAUAAUACACAGGGACGUGAAGGCAGCUAAUAUUCUUUUGGAUGAGAAUUUGGUGGCCAAAGUUUCAGACUUUGGGAUCUCACGGAGGGGCCCAUCUUCAGAUAAGUCCCAUGUGAGCACUGUUGUGAAGGGAAGCUUCGGUUACUUAGAUCCUGAGUACUUCAGAACGCAGCGUUUGACAGAGAAAUCAGAUGUGUACUCAUUUGGGAUGGUGCUUUUGGAAGUUCUAUGCGGGAGGCCUGCUCUGAAUCGUGCCCUGCCUGACGAAGCAAAGAAUCUGGCAAACUGGGCUCUGACAAAGGUUGAAGACGAUGAAUCAUCACUGGAAGAGAUAAUAGACGCGAGUCUAAUUGGUGACGCGAAACAUGAAUCUGUGAAGAAGGUUUGGGAAGUGGCUAAGAUGUGUUUGGAAGGGAAAAGGAUCAUCAGGCCAACAAUGAGAUACGUCAUGUCUGGUUUACAGGAUGCUCUCCAUCUUCAUCUCAAUGCAGAAGCCCUAGCUAUCUAG